AUUUUUUAUUGGUGUUUUUGUUGUUUAUUUUUCAUGUCCUCAAUGUUUGUUUCUUUAUUUUCUCUAAAAUUAAACGUUAAUUGAGCCUCAAAGCUGUUUAGUAUGCAGUUUAAGAAUGAUAUUCGUCACCCCCUCCUCACAUGGAGAGCAAUGGAUAAGCUGCCAUACAUAAAUGUAUUUACAAAAAGGAAUUUUCUGGACGCAAACAUUAACGAUCUUCGCUUCAUUACAAAUCUUUCGGAGGAUGAAAUUAUUCGCAUUAAGGAUGACCUGAGUUUGUUCGUUGAUUUGGAGCCCCAUGUGUACAGGGAGGUGGGAAUUACUCACUUGGAUACCUUCCUGGGUGGUGGACUCCGUGUGGGGCAUGUCUAUGAGAUUUGUGGACAAACAGAGGCGGGAAAGAGUAAAUUGUGCCAGACAAUUUGUCUGCGAUUGGCACAACGGGGCAUAGGGAGCUUCUAUGUAGACCUAGAUGGGGGCCUUGUUCCGCGAGAUUUGCUGAAUAUGCUGACAAAUGUCCAAGAGGAAGAUUCCCCUUCGACAAUCCUCAAACUAAUCCGUUUCCAGAGGAUUAGGGAUGUGGAUUCGCUAAAGAAAGUCCUGGAAUUCAUCAUUGACCAGAAAUGUGCUUUGAAGCAAUUUGGCUUCCUCGUUGUGGACUCAAUUGCUCAUUUUCACAUCUUGAGCCUGGAUGACAACAGAGAGGUGCAGAGGGAGAAUUACAGAAAGCUCGAAGAAUGCUACAAACUCAUGCAUCUGCUGGCAAAGAAAUGCAAAUUCACCGUUUUCCUUACAAAUCUCCUCCUAACCAAUGCCAAUGACUCCCGGAUUCAGGGGGCAUCAUUCAAUAUAGGGUUGAAAAUUGAUGAAAAAUUCCCUGAUUUUCCCUUCACACGCAUCCGGAUUGAAGUAGCAAGGACAGAUACUGGCAUUGAAAGGAAACUAAGCGUCCUGCGGUCAUCCUACAUUGAUGCAAAAGCCACAGAGUCCGUGCAAUUGACAAAUGAAGGAUUUAUUUAAUUCAAUUUAUUUCUCUAUUAUUUAAUUUUUCUUUUUUUAAGUUUUGUUUCCUUGUAUCAAUGCGAUUUAUUGUUAUUUUUUUUUCUUUAUAAUAAUAAUAAAAUUAAUGUAAAAGAA